AUGGUGACGAAGGCGUUGAAUGAAUUGGAGACUGAACACGGUGCUAUGAGCACCCAAAACAAGGAGCUGGAAGAGCGGAUCGAGAGUUUGAAGGAUCAGAAGAAUAACUUGAUUACGCAACACAUGAGUGAGUUAGAGUCCGCUGAAGAGACGAUCCGUGCGCUGAAGACGUCGGAAGCUGAGGCGAAGGAAUGCUUAACAUUAGUUCGGCAAGAAUUGGCAGAGACGGAGACUUGUGUGGAGGCUCUUACAGGAGAAUUGAGCGACAAGGAAGUUGAAAUCGGCAAGCUUACCUCCGAAGCAGAUGGGUUCCAGGAGCGUAUCCAGGCGCUGGAAUGA